UGGUAUACAGACAGAAUAUAUGUACGUUAUCGUAAAAUAUAUAUAUAUCAUAUUAUAUACUCACAUGAGCAAACAUGAAGCGAGAGAGAGAGAGAGAGAGAGGAGAGGUAUAUGAAUUAGUACCUUACCUAAACGUAGUUUCACAUCAUUACAUGUAUUCGUGUGUUUGUCUAUUCAAUAAUAAUAAUAAUAAUAUAUUGACUUACAUGAGUGUGUGUCCCUCCACUAUCUCUCCGUGUGUUUGUUAAUCAUCUCUGAGGGUAUUCGACAGAUGAGUAAAUUAAUUAGGAGUUAGCGGAGUGAGGAAAUAACAGUGAACAUUUUGCUUUACCUAUAAACUCUAAGGUGUAUAAUAUUUUUAUGUAAAGAAAAUCGUUAUCAUGACCAUUAUUAGUAUCAUAUUUUUGUGAAUAAAACGAACAUAAGAUAGUCUGAUUUUUUUUAAUGUUGACAAUCAUCUUCGAAAUCUAAAAAGAAACGAGGACUACCUCAAAAACAUUAAUACUGUGAUAACUUUUGUUCACUUAUCACAAAUUGAAUCAUUAUAAGUAUUGUUUCCAUUGUUUCUCAAAAAAAAAACACUGAUGUAAUGAUGAACCGAUUUCUUUGAACCGCUUCACUGAUCAUUAUGAUGACGACAUUGUUAAAUAAUAUUAAAGAACCUUUACAUCAUAUACCAAAUCAACCAGUUAUGACGGUUACAUCGAAUUAUACAGAUUUAACUAUGCUAAAUACGAAAAUAACUACUAGUAACAACAAUAAUCAUAACAAUGGGAGUGAUAUCACUACUCAUAAUGGUAUAACAAGUAGUAGCAGCAGUGGUCAUUGCAGUGAUAAUAACGAUCUAAAUGUUGUUGAAUCACAUUUAUUACUAGACAACUGUGAUGAUGCGAUGUUAUCAUCAUGUAACAGUUCACUUAUAAUGGAUGAACAUGAAACUAACUCAGGCAGUAAUUCACCAAUGACCAAUGCAAGUGUUACCAUGGCAACUAGUGAGAAUAUUAUGACUAAUACAAACAACAACAACAACGCCAACACCAACACUAAGAAUAACAGUACACAUUCUAUAAUGCAUACAUCGCCAUCGUCGUCUUCGUCUCCAUCAUCAUCGUCAUCAUCAUCAAUAUUGGAGCGUCAUCAAAUAUCUACCUUCAAGAAUAGAGAGUCGAAUGAUUUUCGUUGGAAUACGAAAAAUACAAAAUUAUUUGUUGGACAAAUACCAAGAAGUAUGCAAGAAAAUGAUUUACGGGUAAUAUUUGAAGAAUUUGGACCAAUUUAUGAUCUGUUAAUCUUAAGAGAUAAAAUUACUGGGAUGCAUAAAGGUUGUGCCUUCGUUACAUUUUGUCAUAGACAAUCAGCUUUAAAAUGUCAAGAUGCUUUACAUGGUAAACAGACGUUGCCUGGGAUGGCAAGACCAUUACAAGUAAAAACUGCUGAUAUGGAACGUCGUACAGAAGAACGUAAAUUAUUUGUUGGUAUGUUAAGUAAACAACAAAAUGAAGAUGAUGUCAGAUUAUUAUUUGAACCAUUUGGUACAAUUGAAGAGUGUACAAUACUUCGAGAUCAAAGUGGAAAUAGUAAAGGGUGUGCGUUUGUAAAAUUCUCUACACAACAGGAAGCACAAUCCGCUAUUCUUACUCUACAUGGAAGUCAAACAAUGCCGGGAGCUUCAUCAAGUAUCGUUGUGAAAUUUGCCGAUAGUGAAAAAGAACGUCAUACAAGAAAAAUUCAACAAUUAAUUGGUCCAAUGGGUUUAUUGAGUCCAACCAUAGCACUGUCUCAACUAAAUGGUAAUAUGUAUUCACAAAUGAUAGAGAAUAUGGCACAAACAACAGGUUAUAUAAAUCCAGUUGCUGCAUUGGCAUUACAACUUCAGCAUGCCAGUCAGUUAGCUACAGUCAACUUACCGACUAAUGUAACAAAUUUAGCAAUGAUUUCUGCUUUAACCAACAGUUCCAGUGGACAUUUAGGCUGUGCUCCACUACUGCAUAGUCCACGUUCAGGUACUGUUAAUCUAUCGCCUAACUGUCAUACAAAUCCAAUGGCUGCGGCAGCAGCUGCCGCCGCUGUGCUUGGUAUGUCCGGCAAUAAUCCUCAGCUAACACAAAUAUCACCUCAAAUGGCAGCUUUAUCCAAUGUGAACAGUACAUGUAUUUCUGGAGAGACAGGAAAUAAUAACCCCACUAAUAAUGGAAACUCUACAGCGGCAGCGGCCGCCGCUGCACUCAGUACAAAUGCAGCAAUGGCUGCAGCCGCCGCAGCUGUAGUUGCUAUGGCAAAUGGGAGUGUGACAGGGAAUGUGAAUUCAAAUGGAACAACAUGUGGUUUGACAGGACAAACAAUAGGCUUAGGAUCUCCCGGAACUGGUGGUCAUACAUUGGCUCUACAUGGAGUUCCUGGGACACAUACACCAUCGGCAACUCUCAGUGGUCUUGGCGCUGUUUCUCUUCCUUUGAAUCAAGCAAUUUCAAAUACUUCUUUUGGCUUAAAUACAUUAACAUCUCCAUUAACUGGACUUCCUACUGAUGCACUUUCCCAUUUGUAUCCCAGUGUUCCAACUUAUGGAUUAUCUUAUCCUUCACCGGUCACAUCUGCUUUAAAUCCAUUCGCUACAAUGGCACAUCAAGCACUUACAAUGCCUAUACAACAGAAAGAAGGUACUAAAGAUCUAAUAUUAACAGCCAACAGUUUAACAAAUGAUCAACGGUAAAUUUAUUUCUAAUAUUUUGUUUUUUUAUUAUUUCUUCUUGUACAACUCAUUGAUAAUGACUGCUAUGAAUUGUUCAAUUGAGUUCUUUAUCUAUUCACCUUGUUUUAAAUGAAAGUUAUUAUUACUAUUAUUACUAUCAUUAGUAUCAUUAUUUAGUUUAACCCUUGAAAAUAAUCUUUAUUGUUGGGCAUUGCACCAGAUUGUGUUAUAUGUUAGUGUGUAGUAAAACGUGUUUACUUUUCUUGUUCCCGUUUUCAUUGUCAAUUGUUGGAAAAAACAAACAAACACAAACUAUAGUAAUUGUGUUAAUUAUGAUUUCUUUGAAUCAUUUGUUCACCUUUUAAAUUACUAUUAUAAUUAUGAAUUAUGAAGGUUUUAUUAAUAAUGUAAAGUAAAUGGUGCAUCUAUCUAUCUGUCUACGUAUUUAUCUGUUCAUCAUUCUAUACUAUUGAUGUGAUAUAGGAAUAUUGUUCAUCUUGAUUGUUAUUGAUUAUCGUUGACGUUGCUAAUUAGUAAUUUAUAUUGAAUCAAUAUAUUGCUUCAUGUUAUUGAUGACUAUAACAAAUAGUAAUAAUGAUAACAACUAUGGUGAACUAUUUUUGAUUUUAGUAAUUUGCUAUCGAAAUUCCACAUUGCUUUUUGUUUGUUUCUAAUGAUUAUUUAUUGACGUUGUCAACUGUUCAACUUUAAAUGCUACUAUUACUCACAUUAUCACUACUACUACUACUGCUACAUCGGUCAGAUUACUCUGAAGUAUUAAGAUUAUCUUUACUGUUUAGUGUAUUCUCAUAUUUAUGUCAGUUGUCAGUUUAUUAAUGUUUCAGUGAAUCAAUGUGAGUAUACGUCUGUACCAAUGUAUGUGUGUGCGUGUGCGUGUAUAUUUUGUGCUUGUGCAUUUCAGUCAAAGAUAUUAUUGUUUCGUCUUAAAUGUUUAUAGUAUCCAUAAUGUAUUUAACCGGUACAAAAUGUUAAGUUUAAGAAAAGAGUGAAUAAUUUCAGUACACAAACAUACCCCGCUAUAUUUUGCAGAAUGCGAUGUUAUAUAAUUUAACAAUACCUUGUUCCGUGAACUUAUGCACACAAAAUGUUUUGAUGUAGUUCGUAUUAUUGUCAUUAUGAAUGUAGACAAUUAGUUGUCGUGUAUUAUAUUUGGUUUAAAUAAACAAAUAAGCAAGAGCUAUUUAUUAAUUCCUGAGAAAAUAUACAUAAAGUGAAUCGACUUGAUCACUGAUAACAUGAUUCAUACAAAGGAAAUUAUUCAUUUUACUUUUCACCUAAUGGAAAUUUGUAAGUAGUAUAAGAUUGUAAGCAAAAUAUGUUGGAUUCAUCAAAAUGAUAAAAGAGUAAGCAAUGAUAGAAAACUUGAAAAAAUAUAUCGUGUCACUGAAUAAAAUAUUUGUACCGGUUGGAAUGAAAUCAACAUUUAAGAAAAGUGAGAAUCGAAAACUAUCGGGAUUAACAUAGACAAUAGUACUGCAAUGGAAUAGAGUCUGAGUAGCUGUUUCCGUUAAUUCCAGUACCACUGAUCGACUGAUUCAUUGACUGAUUCAUUGAAUAUCAACGUUUAAUAAUAUAAACAAUCUUCGUCUCGUUAUUAGCUAGAAAAUCUAAACUUUGUUCCAAUGAAGAGUGUUGAACAAACAAUGAUAAUCUCCAUUUGUUAAUAUCUGUUAUGAAGUGCUUUAUUUACUAUUGUUAUAAUUCAACUGAUUGGAAAUUGCAUAGUUUACUUAUGAUUUUAAUAGUAUAGCUGUAGCACCUCAAUAUAUGAGGAGAAGAGUUCACAUACAGAUAUUCACUACGUUGCAUAUAUCAAGUACAGUUACAUAUGAUAGAUAUGAUAGUAGAAUGUCAGAACCUGUUUAUGUACACUUGAUUGUUUGAUUCGCUUUCUCUUUUCUUACUAUUCAAAAUUACAUUAUCUUGUUAAAGAUGAUUUAUUUCCUAAAAAUAUAAUAGAAAACGUCUUAAACUAUUGAAUAUUCAUUGACCCGAUUACAAGUAAUGCCUUCUGUACAGUCAGUGCCUGUAUCCUGUCAAAAUAUUUGUUCAAGCAUUGAUCAUUAUUCAUGUAAUGUACUUAUCAAGAUCAUACGGAUGUGUGAUUUGUACAAUAAACACGCGAAAUGAGUUGCAUUUAACUUUUAUCGAAACAAGAAUAUAUCUCAUUACAUCCAUUCAGUAUUGAUGACUGCUUGUGGAGAUGAUAGAUCUAGGAAAAAUGUCUCUUUUCAAGUUAAUCAAACAUUUCAGUGUUAACCGAGAAGAUAAAAAGGACGAUACAGGUGCAUGACAGAUUUGGGAUGAAAUAUAUUGAUGACAACAGACAAUGUAUCCUGUCUCGUGAUCCUUUCAAUCAUGCAUUAAUUGUUCAUAUUUCUGCUAGUGAACUGGAUUUCGCAUUAUCAUUUGUUCACAUUGUUCUAGUGAUUAAUUUGGAACUGAAGAAAUCAUAUCAAAAUGUUAAUUUAGCUAAAACGUUUGACUUCUGAAGACUUUCAAGAACAUUUAAUACAACAGAAAUGACUGAGGAGCAAAUGCAAUCCCAAUAAUGAACCGUAUUUCGAAACAGAAUAAAAGUGAUCAACUUCCACUAAAUUUUGUAAAAUAAAGUUUUUAUUUUAACACAGUUUGUAUACUUAUUGGAUAGAUUACAUUUACACCAUUUCUGUUAUCAUCCUUUCUAAAUGUAAAUGACUGUAAUUUUCAGGAAACAUACAGUAUUAUUUCCGUAAGUUAUAAGUCCUGCUAUAACUAUGAGAUAUGUUAUCGGAAUUCAUUACUGCCAAUACUACUAACAUUCUUUACACUACUACUGCUAUUAAUACUACUGUGGUGUGUGCUACUAAUGUCAAUAGCUAUGAGUAGUAUGUAUCAUCAAUAGAAAGUGAAAUACCUGGCGGUAGAACGUUAAGAAGAUCAGAGAAAAGAGAAUGAAAACAGAGAAUUAUCGCCGUGGAAAUGAAGGAACAAUGAAGUCUGAGACGAUUGUUUUAUAUUUGCAAAAGGAACAAUCAAGUUUGAGACAACUGAUUGACAUUUUGCAUAUUCAGUAUUUACUUUAUGGUUCUUAGAUUUUGCUAAAAUGUUCUGUAGUUUUGUAUUCAAAUGCAUUUGAUUAUCCCCACUUUUAUUCUCGUUCACUACACGACUACUGUUAUGUAUGCUACUGAUGUCAACAGAUAUAAGUGGUAAAGUGCCUGGCAACAGAAAAUUGAUAUCAAAAUGAAAAGAACAGGAAUAUAAAAAUGGAGUAAUUGUAAUAACAACAGGAGUGAUGGAACAAUGAGAUUUGUGAGGCACAAUUGAUGGAAGAUAUACAAAUGGAGUAUUGAAUGUAUGAUUUUCAUACUUCGUCAAGAUUUUCUGUAAUUUUGCAUUAAACAAUAAAUUGGUCUUCCCCAUCUCAGUUGUCUGUUCACUAUUAUUAUUAUUAUUAUUAUUAUUGUUACGACUACUAAAUGAUGUAAUAAUCGUAUACACAAUGAAUCUAUUCUUGAAUUCGCAAUUUUAUUGAGUUUUUUAGUGGAAUAAAGUUCAUAACUCAUUCCCGAUCAGAUUUUCUUUUUGGUUCUAAUCAUCCCAAGUUAUUAAGAUCCCUGCAUCAUUCCUUGUUUCCAUGACCAUAAAUAUCAGUUGAAAUCCACCUCAAUACAUUUGAAAUCAAAAAGACUAUUGUCUGACUAAAUAACAAAUAACGCAUUGUAUUUAUGGAUUUUGAUUUUAUCAUAAAAAUGGUUUUAAGUGAUUAUUAUCUGUUUUCAGUAAGAGGAUUUAUGGUGACUGUAGUAUAUUUAAUAAUUAGGUUUAUGAGUCGAUCUAAGCUAGAUCAUCAUUGAAGAUCUGAAAGACAUCAGUUGUCUAGAGGUUAACCGUUUACAAGCGAGAUUGAAAGUCCUAGAUUGGAGUUCUGCGUGUGAGAUCAUGGAUGCGCGCUGAUGAGAAGUCUCAUACUAGGACGAAAUGACCGGCCAGUGCUUCCGCGUUUUCAUUAUUGGUUUAGCUUAGAUCAACUCGUCAAUUAGACUGUUAAAUAUACUACAGUCUUCACAAAUUCCCUUAUUGAUAGUAAUCAUUUGCUCAUUGCUGACUAACUUCAAGAUGGAUUUCCUAGAGUUCUACUGAGAAGCCGUGACCAGAAGAGUCUAAUCCGUGUCGGGUGUUAGACAGUUAUUCACCUCAGACAACAGACGAAGUUUUGUGCAAGGUCAUGGAUCGAUUGAAGUUAGAUAUCAUUUCUUUACAUGUAGGAUUUAGUUUUUCUACAGUCAUCUUAUUUAAGUACCUUACAUAGUGUUUUUUAAUCAAAAUCUAGGCGUCAUAUCUAUUAUUAAAACAAGUAAAAUGUAUCCUUUAUUACUUCAUUUGUUUGUAAAUUGGCAAAUUAAUGUAACUAGUACACAGAAGAAAAACGAAGAAUACAUAUAGUCAGUCAGUGAACAUGUACAGCAAAACACACGUAUAUUGGGCAGUAGUAACGGACAUAACAAACUGAAUAAUUCUGGCCUACAAAUUUACUCAUAGGAGUACAGUGUUAAUGGAUAAGUCUCAGAUUUCACAGGAGUGUUCAUCAAUAACGUUUAGGCUCAUUUCUAUAUUAAUACAACGUAUUCGGCAUAAAAUGUUUCAGUUUGUUAAUCGCAAUAAAUUUCUGAUACUGUAAUAGAUGCUACUUAUACUGACAGAUAUAAGUAGUACGUGACACCAAUCACAAGUGGAAUGUCUGGCAGCAGAAGAUUGAGAAAAUUAAGAUGAAGAGAACAAUAAUGUAAACAGAAAGCAAUUACAAUAACAACAGGAAUAAAAAAUCGUGAAACAUGUUAGGGGAACUUGGAGAAAGAUAUGCAAAUACUAUAUUUAAUGUAUAGUCUUCAUAUUUUGCUAAAUUACUCUGUACUUUUCAAUUCAACAAUAAAUUGGUUUACGCCAGCGGGUCUCCGUUUCACUACAAUACUACCUGACCGUCCUUCGGUAUCGUUGAUACUACUGGUCUCACUUCAAACGUGACUGAACUCAAUUGGUUACGAUUUCUUUCCAAAACUGACAAUCACACAGAAUAACGAAUGUUCGUAUUCUACAUGGUAGGGGAGUAAAAGUUCACUCAAAACUAAAACUAUAUCAACGAAUUCUGAGUCCACGGCUAACCUACUAAAUUGCUUCUCACCACCUCCAGGAUCAGGCCAAACAUCCUGUAAAGUUAAGUUACUUACAUUAUCGACUAAAUUAAAAUUAGAUCAACAAAUUUUGAUCAACGCAAUGAACUUAACGGCAAAUCACAUCAAUUCUCUUUUAAUAUCCACUCUGUAUUUCUUUCUUAUCAACACCAGUAUACAAGUUAAUGAAUGAUAAACUUAUAUCUAUGUAUAUGAUUAAUAAAUAUGUAUGAAUUAGGUUCAAAUCAACAUCUAUCUUUAUAUAUAUGUAUGUAUAUAGGGCCAGAGGGAUGCAAUCUUUUCAUAUACCACCUACCACAGGAAUUUGGCGAUCCAGAAUUGGCUCAGAUGUUUAUGCCAUUUGGAACAGUAAUCAGUGCUAAAGUAUAUGUUGAUCGUGCAACGAAUCAAAGUAAAUGUUUUGGUUUUGUUAGCUUUGAUAAUCCAUCAAGCGCACAAACAGCUAUACAUGCAAUGAAUGGUUUUCAAAUUGGUAUGAAACGUCUUAAAGUUCAAUUGAAACGUCCAAAAAGUGAUUCUACAAAACCAUAUUGAAUUAAAACUACAAUAAUAAUAAUAAUAAUAAUAAUAUACAGUGUUCAAUAUGAUUUUAACUUUAUUUUCUCCUCUUUUUAUUCUCUUUUUUCUUCUUUUAUUCUGAUCUUCUUUGAUGUUAUUAUUUUAAACAUUCUAUAUUAAUAACAACCUAGUAUAUUUAUGUUUACGAAUUAAAUGUACACGUCCAUAUAAUUGUAUUCAAUGUACACAAGUUUAGAAGGAGAGGAAAAGAAAGAGGAAGUGAAGGUGAAAUUCAUGCAUACAUGUGAACAAAAAGUAAUGGACAAAUAUUUUCAUCAUAAAUAUAAUGGUAGAAUGAAAUCUAAAAGUGUAUUCUUCUAUUUUAUUUUUCUUUCGAAAUUCAGUAGAACCUGUUCAUUAUUUUGUCUAGUGUACAUACUUGUAUACACAUAAUUACGAUAAUAGUAAUGAAUAAGGGAUUAAUUCUCCUAAGAAUUACAAUUCAAUGAACAUCUUCAGUUUAAUCAAAUAAACUCUACAUUUCCAGAUGAAAAUACAAUAAGAUAGAAAAAAGCUGGAUAACGUUUUAAACUACUUAUUUCAACAAAAGUAGUUCUCAACAAAAUAAACAAAUAAUCAUAUUUGAAUGAAUGAAAACUAACAUUUUAUGUGAUGUUCUUAGUUCAAUAUUACUUUUAAACGAGGAACAAAAAACGUACGACUUUUUUUGAGGAGGAAUAUUUUCUGCAGUUUUAUUUAAUGUUGUUUUAUUUGUUUCACAAAUUAAUCAUUUACUGUACCGCUUUAUCAUUUAUUUCAAUUCGGCAUAAUUCUACCAAUUUUAAUGUAUGUAUGUAGAUUUGUUCGUUUGUGUGUAUGUACGUAUGUUUUGUUCACAAACACUUCUCGUAAAUUACUUUCAUAAAAUGUACGAUUGAAAAAAUAGAAGAAACUCCUUUUGUUUCCUCAAUCACUAGUAAUUUAUUUUGAUCUCUAUUAUUUUAUUCCUUUAGACUGAAAUAUAGUUUGCUGUUAUUGAUUAUCUUUGCAAACUAAUACUGACCAUAAUCUUUGGUCAAUGGUAAUUCAUUUUUGAAAUGGUUCUAUUUUUUUGUGUGUUAUUUAUUGAACUACUUGUAAGUAAGCAAAUUUGUUUAUCUUAAAAUAAUCUGCAUUUAUUGUGAUCGAUAUUUGGAGGGGAUGAUGUGUAAUACCUGAUGGAAGUAUAUACGUUACUAAAUGUAUUGGCCCAAUUGGUUGCAUUAUAAAUAUUCAAAAUUGACAAUAAACACUGAUAUACUGAAAAUUUACUAAACAAGCACGAUAAAUAAUCAUCUUUCCUAAUUUUAUUACUUACCUAUAACAUUUGGAAAUUAGUGAGUAGUAUAUGUAAUCUAACAUGAAGAAGAGGAGAAUAAUAAAUUGCUUGAUUGUUACAUUCCUCAUUUGGAAUAAACUUUUUACUUUAUUUUACAUAAAAAUAAACAAGAAAUAUUUUUCAAACAAUAACUACAUAAAUUACUCUUCAAUAUUAGAAAUAAAUACAUUUACAGCGAAGAGAAUAUCUUUAAAAAAGCAGGUAAAUAUAUGAGUUAUUUCAGUUAUGUAACAUCUCCUCUCACAUUUAUACGUAUACACUUAAUGAUCUCAUAGCUACAAGAUCAUCAUAUUUCAUCUAACUUCGAACUGGAUUUCAAGUAUCAUUUCAAAUAUAUUAAUAAUCCUUUAUAAUUAUUUGUGUAUAUGCAGUGUACGUGUGUGUGUGAAAAGAGAAUGAUAAAAUGUUUAUUUCUUUUCGUUUUUGCUUAUGAACGAGACUGUCUAAGGGAAUUUGUUGAUAUAUAUAUAUAUAUAUAAUUGGAAGUUUACAUGUAUACCUAUGUAGUUUGUUCAGUAAUGUCAGUAUAGUGGAAGCCAGAGCAGUCGACACCGAUUUAGCCCAUCUUCAGAGCCAAUGUGAUGUUAAUCUGGCUCUAAAAUUUCUAGUAAACGGAUAGUCAUUUAAAACAAUUCUGGUCUACGCUCGUAAGACCUGGAUAUUCAAAUGUGAAGGUGAUUAUUGACUCAUAGUUUUCGAGUUUGUUAUCCUCAAAAAUUGCUCACAUCUGAUACAAGCACCAUUUCGGUGAUGACUAGGUUUGCUAAUGUUUGUUUUGACUCAUAGAAGACAAUUUAGUGCGUGUCACCAUUAAAUACAUUUUAUGAAUGUCGUCCUAGUCUCUUUUUUAACAACCACUAAUUAUCAACUGUGGGACUGAGUGGGGAAGAUAUAGAGAUGUAAGUUUAUGAUAUAGUAGCAUUUUAUCACAGAACGUUGUAUGUCACUAGGACCUCUCGAUCCACAUAGAUCUUCCGGCUGGGUAGCUAGAUUUCAUGCAACCCAGUGGGUUGAGUUAUCAUUAGAACUGGUCCAGAAUAGGAUCCAGUAGAGACUUCUUAUAGUUGUGUCCAAGACUGAUAUAAUUUAUGAUAGUUCUUUAAACAGGAAAAUAAUCUUUAUUGACCAUAUUUUCGACUGAGUUAUACCUCCUUUUAAAUACUAUACUUGUUCAUCUAUUCCUUGGCUGUAUGACUUUUCUCUUUCUCAUUUCCUCAUGAUAUUCCGACUUAUACAGUGAAAUAAUGGUAAAUAAAAUGCUAAAAUUUCUGUUAAAACAUAAGAAAUUUGUCUUUAAAUUGUUUUCAAGGAUGAAUUUAGUUUAUCCAAAUUUCCACUUGGACAGAUGUAAAAAUAUGAUUAAUAUCAUGCGCGAUCGGGCUUGGGCCGGAAUAAAGUACGAGGGUUGGGCAUGGGGUUUGCGACUUCAUCCCGUAGAAAACUAACUCGCUAAAACAACGAUAACCAGAAAAGAUAAUUCAAACCAUUUAAACUCUCCCCUGGGGGUUGCAAGAUCUUCAUUUAGACGAGUUGUGACGCCUCAUGGUGAGAGCCGAGUUCCAUCGGGAGUCACGUGGCUGACGACCCUUUUGACAACCAGAGCAACCACUAAUUUAGGAACAUGGAAUGGUCGUACAAUGUAGGAGACCGUGAGAGUCAUCCAAAUUACUGAAUGCGAAACUAUCCUCCAAUGUAAAUCAAAUUAAUUAGAAAUAGGUGGUAUUUCAAGGACUUAAUCUUUUAUUCUUUUAACAGAUAUAUACAGAAAUACUAGCUAUUCCAUGCAACAUGAAGAACCAACAAGAAAUUGUUCUAUAAAAGAAACUUAAUCAUAGCAUAAAAUCAUCAUUAUAAGAGUCAGUAAAUGUGUGCCUUCGAGAAAUAUCGGUAAACACCAAAAUUUUUAUUUGUUUUCUAUCUGCGUUACAACUUCAAAGAUUAAUGGUAAAUCCACAACAGAUAAGCCCAUUCACUGUAGUUUUUAUAAACUAAGAUUUGAAUUUUAAUGACAGAUCUAAGAUGACGUCCUCUUUGGAACUUGUCAGUUCGAUGUUCAUCCUUUCGAGUACACAGUGAGUCUCAAACGCUAUGCCAACACUUCAGACACCAACAAUUAAUAUUCCAGGAUAUGAACCCACAUAAAUAAUUGUAACUAUCAUCCUCUUUGGAUCAAUUAGUCCUUAAAUGAACUCAGCAGAUUAUUAGUUAUCAUAUGGGGACUUGAAUUAAUGGGUAUUGAGUUCAAAUCUCAGUGAGUACAUCCAGAAUGAAAUAUAUAUCAUAGAUUCCACCAUUAUACACAAGAGAAGUAUUUUGGGAUACGUUCAAUGACCUUGUUCGCUAUUAGUAAUCAAUCAAACAGUGAGUAAAAUGCAAACAUUUACAAAUGGUAGUAAACUGGAUACUAAAAUAAAUGAUCAUAUGACUCGACUGAUGAAGACUUUAAUAAUAUAACUCAUAAAGAACCUUAAAAACUGCUAUAAUUAGAGCAUUUGAUUACAGCAAUUACAAUCGUCGAAUGAUAAUAAAUUCAUUUCCGUUUCUUAAAAUUAUUCAGUACCUUAAAUGGGACGGUCAUGAACACAUCUAACUUAUCUCAAUUUUAACAAACAUGAAAAUAUCUUCCAACCGAUUCAUAGAGUUAUUGAAAUCAUCUGACUGAAAUAAUUAUUUAGUAUCCAAAUAUCUAUCGAAUAUAUACAAACUGUAAACUUCAAAAUGAAUCGGCCAACUGGAAAAAACAUCACUUACACUAUUCAUGAUUGUUCAUAACUAUAUCGGUAGCAUUCAACGGUCUUUAUAGGGUUUCGUGUGUAUACACAUUCUGCGAAAUAGUUAUGGAUUAUUUUAAAUGUAAAAAUUCGUUUACUAAGAAUGUGAAAUUUUACACUAUGAAUAUUCAAGAUCUCUAUUACCAUAUGUGCAACUUGAGCAGAUGAGCUUGAUAAAAUGUUAAGUCAAACGUUUUAGUACAUCUACUAUGUAUACGUUACAUGGGCUCAGUAGCUCAAUAGAUAAUGCGUUUGAAAUGAGAAGUGCUAAGUUUGAGUCUCAAUAUGAAUAUGAAUACUGUAGGUAGAUAGUAAACGGACGGGUCCCAAACUGAAAAAGACCCAUGCCCUGGAAUCCAUUGUCAAUCAUACACCAAGUAUAUAAAAAAUAUGGUUAGUAGUAAAAAUAUCCAACUCAUAGCUGAUAAGAUCUAUACUCAAACAAUGCAAUACUUACUCUAAUCAGGUUCACUGUAUAGUAUCACUAAUAUUUAAAAACACAUAAAUUAUGAUUCAAAGCGAACGGUAUAAAUCUGCACUUGGUUACUGUAAUAUAAUCAAAUAAACUAAUUUAAGUGUAUAAUGCCUGAACAAAAGACUUUA